UAUUAAUACUGGGCUUGAUUGUCUCGCGAGAGUUGGCAACGCUGGACGAGUUUUAAAAGCAUCUUUGAAAACACGGAGGUUUUAGUUAAAGACAGCAAACUAUCGGUGUCUGGAGGAAUUAUUGACUGUACUGCUGACCUGCCUGCGGAUUAAAGGGUCUACAGAGGAGGACAGUCCCUCGCCUGUCAGUCCACCAUGGCGGACAUCAAGAACUUCCUGUAUGCCUGGUGUGGCAAAAAGAAGCUGACUCCCAACUACGACAUCCGAGCUGCAGGGAACAAAAACAGGCAGAAGUUCAUGUGCGAGGUCCGCGUCGACGGCUUCAACUACACUGGGAUGGGCAACUCCACCAACAAGAGGGACGCUCAGACCAACGCCGCCAGGGACUUUGUCAACUACCUGGUCCGGAUCGGGGAAAUGAGCGCAGCAGAGGUCCCGGCUCUGGGGGCGAGUGCUCCGGACGGCGACCAACCUGAUGGAGGAAGAGGAGGAGGAGGAGAUGGUGGCUUCGGAAACCUGCCUUCCAGCGGUCCUCUGCCACCCCACCUUGUAGUCAAAGUUGAGCAAGAGGGCAGCAGCGCCGGGCCGGUACCGGGAGUGACUGGACUCGGUUACUCAGGAGGAGGAGGAGGAGGAGGAGGAGGAGGAGCUCAGUGGGACCGAGGAGCCAACCUGAAGGAGUACUACGCCAGGAGAGACGAACAGGAAGCGCAGGCGACUCUGGAGUCGGAGGAGGUGGACCUGAACGCUAAUCUCCAUGGUAACUGGACGCUGGAGAACGCCAAGGCCCGUCUGAACCAGUUCUUCCAGAAGGAGAAAACCAGCGCUGAGUAUAAAUACAGCCAAGUGGGACCGGACCACAACAGGAGCUUCAUGGCGGAGAUGCAGCUGUUUGUGAAACAGCUCGGCAGAAGGAUCAUGGCUCGAGAGCACGGCUCCAACAAGAAGCUGGCGGCUCAGUCGUGCGCUCUGUCUCUGAUCCGACAGCUGUACCACCUGGGAGUCAUCGAGGCGUACUCGGGAGUCACCAAGAAGAAGGAGGGAGAAACUCUGGAGGUGUUCGAGGUCAACGUGACUCCAGACCUGCAGCAGCAGCUGGCCGGCGUCGUCCAGGAGCUCGGAGUCCACGUCCCGCCACCCCCCGAAGACCCCAGCAGCUCGGUGUCUCUGGUCCAGGGGAAGAUGGCGACGUUUGAGCCGUCGCAGCGUCAAACCGGAGCCGGGGUCGUCCCCUGGUCGCCUCCACAGGUCAACUGGAACCCGUGGACCAGCAGCAACAUCGACGAGGGACCGCUGGCCUUCUGCACCCCGGAGCAGAUCAGUGGCGACCUGCACGACGAGCUGAUGUUCCAGCUGGAACAUGACGACAGCCUGCAGAAGAUCCUGACGGAGCGCGACCAGCUGCCCGUCAAACAGUUCGAGGAGGAGAUCAUGGAAGCUGUCGAUAACAACCCCGUGGUGAUCAUCAGAGGGGCGACGGGCUGCGGUAAAACCACUCAGGUUCCCCAGUACAUCCUGGACCGCUUCGUCAAAGCACGCAGGGCGUCCGACUGCAACGUCGUCGUCACCCAGCCCAGAAGGAUCAGCGCUGUGUCGGUGGCCGAGCGAGUCGCCUACGAGAGAGGAGAGGAUCUUGGGAAAAGCUGUGGCUACAGCGUCCGUUUCGAGUCCAUCCUCCCUCGACCCCACGCCAGCGUCCUGUUCUGCACCGUCGGUGUUUUGCUGCGGAAGCUUGAAGCGGGAAUCCGAGGCAUCAGUCACGUCAUCGUCGAUGAGAUCCACGAGAGAGACAUCAACACGGACUUCCUGAUGGUGGUCCUCAGAGACGUGGUCCAGGCCUACCCACAGGUUCGCAUCAUCCUCAUGUCGGCCACCAUCGACACCUCCAUGUUCCGAGAAUACUUCUUUAACUGCCCCAUCAUCGAGGUGUUCGGUCGCACCUUCCCCGUUCAAGAGUAUUUCCUGGAAGAUUGCAUCCAGAUGACCAACUUCGUCCCUCCACCAAUGGACCGCAAGAAGAAAGAAAAAGACGAGGAGGGAGGAGAGGAUGAUACUAACUGUAAUAUGAUCUGUGGGCCGGACUACGCGGCGGAGACGAAGCGUUCGAUGGCUCAGAUUAAUGAGAAGGAGACGUCCUUCGAGCUGGUGGAGGCUCUUCUGAAGUACAUCGAGACGCUGCAGGUGGCCGGGGCCGUGCUCAUCUUCCUGCCCGGCUGGAACCUCAUCUGCUCCAUGCAGAGACACCUGGAGACCAACCCACACUUUGGAAGUAACCGGUACCGAAUCCUGCCGCUCCACUCACAGAUCCCCCGAGAGGAGCAGAGGAGGGUGUUUGAACCGGUUCCCGACAACAUCAUUAAGGUGAUUCUGUCCACCAACAUCGCGGAGACGAGCAUCACCAUCAACGACGUCGUCUACGUCGUCGACUCCUGCAAGCAGAAGGUGAAGCUCUUCACCUCCCACAACAACAUGACCAACUACGCCACCGUCUGGGCCUCCAAGACCAACCUGGAGCAGAGGAAAGGCCGGGCCGGCAGAGUCCGACCCGGAUUCUGCUUCCACCUCUGCAGCCGCGCUCGAUUCGAGAGGCUGGAGACUCACAUGACUCCGGAGAUCUUCAGGACUCCGCUGCAUGAAGUGGCUCUGAGCAUCAAACUGCUGAGACUCGGGGCCAUCGGACACUUCCUGUCCAAAGCCAUCGAGCCGCCGCCGCUGGACGCCGUCAUCGAGGCCGAACACACUCUGAAAGAGCUGGAUGCUCUGGACGUUAACGAUGAGCUGACUCCUCUGGGACGGAUUCUGGCUCGGCUGCCCAUCGAACCUCGGCUGGGGAAGAUGAUGAUCAUGGGCUGCAUCUUCCAUGUUGGAGACGCGAUGUGCACGAUCUCGGCCGCCUCCUGUUUCCAGGAGCCUUUCAUCAGUGAGGGGAAACGCCUCGGCUUUGUGCACAGGAACUUUUCCGGCAGCCGGUUCUCUGACCACGUGGCUCUGCUGUCCGUCUUCCAGGCCUGGGACGACGUCAGGAUUAACGGUGAGGAGGCAGAAAAUCGUUUCUGUGAACACAAGCGUCUCAACAUGUCGACUCUGAGGAUGACCUGGGAGGCCAAAGUCCAGCUGAAGGAGAUCCUGAUCAACGCUGGAUUCCCCGAAGAGAGUCUGCUGACUCAGACGUUCAACACGGUCGGACCGGACAACAACCUGGACCUGGUGGUUUCUCUGCUGACCUUCGGCUCGUACCCCAACGUCUGCUACCACAAAGAGAAGAGGAAGAUCCUGACCACCGAGGGACGCAACGCCCUCAUCCACAAGUCCUCCGUCAACUGCCCCUUCAGCAGCCACGACAUGACCUACCCCUCCCCGUUCUUCGUCUUCAGCGAGAAGAUCCGAACCAGAGCGAUCUCGGCUAAAGGGAUGACUCUGGUCAGUCCUCUGCAGCUGCUGCUGUUCGCCUGCAAGAAGAUCAGCUCCAACGGAGACAUCGUGGAGCUCGACGACUGGAUCAAACUGAGGAUCCCUCACGAGGUGGCGGGCGGUAUCGUGGCUCUGCGGGCCGGACUGGAGGCUCUGGUGGUGGAAGUGACCAAAGACCCAGAAUACAUCAGACAGAUGGAUCAAAGCAACGAGCGGCUCCUGAACCUCAUCAGACACGUCUCCAAACCGUCAGCUGCUGGACUCAACAUGAUGGCCAACAACCAGAGGAUGGGAGACGGGCCCCGACCUCCGAAGAUGGGACGCUUCGAUGGAGGAGGAGGAGGCUACCGAGGAGGAGGAUAUGGAGGAGGAGGAGGAGGCUACCGAGGAGGAGGUGGAUACGGAGGAGGAGGAGGAGGCUACCGAGGAGGAGGAGGAGGAGGAGGAUACAGGGGCGGUGGGGGUUACAGAGGAGGAGGUGGAUAUGGAGGAGGAGGAGGAUACAGAGGAGGAGGAGGAGGUUAUAGAGGGGGGGGCUACAGAGGAGGUGGAGGAGGAGGAUAUCGAGGAGGAGGUGGAGGAGGAGGAGGAGGAGGGUACCGAGGAGGUUAUUAACAUCAGAGUCAAUCAGAUUUUUAGUUUUGGGAGUAAAAACGUUUGUAAUCAGGUUGUUAAAGAGUCCGAAAGAUAAAAAAGCUUCAGAGUGAGAAUCAGUUGUGUCGCUGUAGAUGUUCAGAAACCCCCCAACACACUCCACGUGUUGUUUCAGCAGUUACACUGUGCACCUGUUUGGUUACAGGUGAGUCUGGUCGGUGUCACUUUGCUGAGUUGCGUUUAUUUGUGUUGAUUAUUUGCACCCGCUGUCAACAUCCCCAAUAAAUCUUUCAUAUUUCCAGCUGAUCUCUCAAACUGUUUCGUAUCAGAACGAGUCAGAAAUGACUGAAAAUAAGCCUCCGCCCUAAAACAGCUCUGACAUUAGUGUUUUGUUUUGGCUUUUUCAUGUUUUUUCUGUUCACCCUUCAGUUAUCUUUUCUGUACGUUUCCCCCACAAUAUUUUAUUCACAUUUUAAACUCCAUGAAAAACAGCCUUAUACGUUCAUAUGAAAAUAAAACGCAACAUAAGAUUGCUGCUUUGACAAAACACAACUCAAAACAAGAAAGCUCCUCUGGUUUUAAUGAAUGGUAAUCUAUUCAAAAUGGAGCAUAUUAAAGAAAAAUAAUAAUCCGACAAGCUCGGAACCUGCAGGAUCCACAAAAAUUAGUCAUUCGCUCGAUCAUCUGUUAAUUUCUGUGCGUUUUAAUGGCUGUCAAUGUUGUUUCAAAGCUGCUUUUUUAAAAAUGUUUCUGGUCCAGAAGCAUUCCAGUUUAAAUAAGCCAAGUGUACAAAUACUGGAAUCUGCCAAUAAAGUUCCACGUUUUGAAUCCCCCCAGCUGUCCUCAACAGUGGAGAGAAGUACUGAGAUCUGUACUUAAUACCAGAAGUAAUACUACAGUGUAAAAAUGGAGGAAUUCGUUGGCUAUAUGUUGUUGUCGUGUACUUCUUUGAUCUUAUUGGUGAUACAGAAUUGAUAUGGUAAUAAUAAAAAUGUGCCCAAAA